AGUUCUGGUGGAAGGGUGGAUAUUCCAGACUGUACUCUGAUUGGUUCUUCAUUCAUACUGGGGAGGUGGUAACUGUGCCGUCUGCAUGGCGGUAGGCAUCUGGAAGAGGUUACUGGCUUCACUAUUAGUGCUGAAAACUAUCCCGGAGCUGAACUGCAACCUGAAAAUGUCUUUUAUAAAAGUGGACGAACAAUCUGAUUUCUCCUUCCACAAUCUGCCUUACGGUGUGUUUUCGACCCCAGACAACCCUAGGCACAGAAUUGGCGUUGCCAUCGGGGAUCAGAUUCUUGAUCUCAGUGUGGUGAAGUCCCUCUUCAGUGGACCUGUGCUUUCCAGACAUCAGGAUGUGUUUGAUCAGGCAACCCUAAAUGCUUUCAUGGGCCUGGGAUAUGAGGCCUGGAAGGAGGCCAGGAUAUUUCUGCAGUCGCUUCUGUCUGCUAACGAGUCCACUCUGCGAGAUGACAUUGGCCUCAGGAGCAGAGCUUUUGUUCAUCAGAGCUCAGCAGUCAUGCAUCUCCCAGCUGAAAUUGGUGACUACACCGACUUCUAUUCCUCUCGGGACCACGCCACCAAUGUGGGCAUCAUGUUCCGCGGGAAGGAGAACGCCCUGAUGCCCAACUGGUUGAGGCUGCCUGUCGGCUACCAUGGAAGAGCCUCGUCAGUGGUGGUAUCUGGGACCCCCAUCAGAAGGCCUAUGGGCCAAAUGAGACCUGAUCCAUCUCAGCCCCCGGUUUUUGGACCAAGCAAGCAGUUGGAUAUUGAAUUAGAAAUGGCCUUCUUCGUUGGAGCUGGAAACAAGCUAGGAGAGCCCAUCCCCAUUGAGCAUGCUCACAAGCACAUCUUCGGAAUGGUCCUCAUGAACGACUGGAGUGCUCGGGACAUCCAGGCCUGGGAGUACGUCCCGCUCGGCCCUUUCCUGGGGAAGAAUUUUGGGACGACGAUCUCCCCCUGGGUGGUCCCCAUGGAGGCCCUGCUGCCGUUUGCCCAGCCCAAUGCAGCGCAGGACCCGGGGCCACUUCCAUAUCUGCGCCAUGCCGAUGCCUACACAUUCAACAUCAAUCUCUUUGUCUCUGUGAAAGGCGAAGUCAUGAAGGAAGCUGCCACCAUAGUCAAGUCAAACUUUAAGUACAUGUACUGGACCAUGAAGCAGCAGCUGGCGCACCACACGGUCAAUGGCUGCAACGCCAGGCCGGGUGACCUGCUUGCCUCCGGGACCAUCAGCGGGCCGGAUCCUGAAAGCUUUGGCUCAAUGCUGGAACUGUCAUGGAGGGGAUCAAAGACGAUUGAUCUCGGGGGAGGGGAGACACGGACGUUUCUGAAAGAUGGAGAUGAAGUGUCAAUCAAAGGCUACUGCGAGGGGAACGGAUACCGGGUCGGCUUCGGCGCGUGCACCGGAAGAAUCCUCCCAGCGCUGCAGCAGUGAAGGACUGCCCACGCCACGAUUUCCCACAGCCAGUGCCUAUAAGUGCCUCAGAACUCCUACGGGAAGGAGAUGUUCCAGAACAAAUGUUCUCAUCAGUGUUGUUCAAAAAAGGGAUGGCAUGUAUGUUUUUGAUUGACCCAGACAAUUCUUUGUAUGCAGUGAAGGAUAUUUUAGAUACUUACAGAAGUUUAUAGUGACCUGCCUGCUUUACAGUGGCAUUCAGGGGUUUGUAGUUUAAAGCAAGACAAUACACUUCAAGUAACUCUAAAGCAGUUUAUUGCAAUAAUUGCAUCUUUGUCACAAUGAAUGGUUUCAGAUUAAAUUAAUUAAAUAAAUGAAAUAAUGUAAGUGUGUAUUGUUUUUACUCAGUUUCCCUUUGUCUAAUGUUACAUUUUUUCUAAAGAUGAAAUCAUUCAGUGUGACAAAUAUGUCUCUAUAUGUGACAAUUGUGUCCUAUAAAUGUCUAAAAUCUCCUUCACUGCAUGAAGAAAUAGUCUGAGCCAAUCAAAAGACAAACACUUAAACUGAAAUUAUAUUUUAAAAAUCCAGAAAGUGAACUGUCCCUUUAAUGACUGUACGGCCAGUUUAAAAACUUUUAAGUCAUUUCAUUGGGGCUGUAAACCCUGUGUUGUGCCUUUUAUAAAAUAUUUUUGGAGAAAACGAGUUGUUUAGCAUACUAAUACAUGCUAAUAUGUUAGUGCCAGAAGCAGUGUUAUUUUGAUUGUACAUGUGUGGGAAUUUAAUUAUGAAGUCUGAAUCUGAUUCCAUUUUAACUGUCCCUUUCUGUUUCCUAAGAUAGGCCAAUUAAUUGGGUCUGAAAUAAAGAAAACAUCCAGUA